CACUGCAUUUGCCCAGAGCCAUAUGAAUGGGUCUUGUGACCAAUUAAUCGACUACUACAUAAUCUCCACCAGGAGAGCACAGAUGGAAUGAGUCAGCCCAAGCCGCUCAACCUGUUGAGUGUUUUGUCUUUUGCUGACCGGAGUAUAAGUUUAGGAACAAAAGUAGGAAGUGGGAUUUGGACUUGCCUGUUUAUAAUGGUCCUGCUGAGAGCAUAUUUUAUAGCAUUGGAAACAUCUGACUUCCUAAUACUUUGGAGGGCUUAAUUUACAUAACAAAUGAAUGUUCCUUUUUUUUUUUUUAACUUUUGAAAGAGGAAAUUAGUAGGCUGCUGCCAAGUAGCUUGCCUCACCUACCGUAUAGGGAGUACAGGGAUUACGUAGGACGGCUGGUCAGUGUGGAGUAGCCCACAAACAGCAAAGGAUCUUCAACAUUUGUGUCCAAGUCCAUGUUGAUAGUCAAGAUAAAACGGAAGGAGGUCCGUAUGCUCAGGACAUGUGUGGCGGCACGACGAAGACCGCAAACCAGCCAGGGGGCUGGCAGGACUCAGCCAGAUGUGCCAGCACUGCCGGUUCUGGUGCUGGGAGGACUUACAGGACUCUUUUAUGCACAAAGACUGGGAAACGUGCCCGGGUAGGAAGGAGCACCGAUCGCACGAGACUCGGCAACAGUUGGUCAUGUUCAGAGUUUGACCUGAGUGAUAUUCGCCUGAUAGUUUACCAGGACUGUGAGAGAAGAGGAAGACAAGUCUUAUUUGAUUCUAAAGCGGUUCACAAGAUUGAAGAGGUGGCAACUCAGAAAACAGAGGAUGUCCCUAUUAAAAUGUCAGCCAAGUGCUGUCAAGGAAGUGGCGGUGGCAGCAGCAGCAGCAGCAGCAGCAGCAGCGGUACCUCUUCUGGGGGAUCUUUACAGCACGCCAAGGAGCAGCUUCCAAAAUACCAGUACACAAGACCUGCUUCUGAUGUCAACAUGCUGGGGGAAAUGAUGUUUGGCUCAGUUGCAAUGAGUUACAAAGGCUCCACUUUAAAGAUACACUAUAUACGUUCUCCUCCACAACUGAUGAUCAGUAAGGUGUUCUCAGCUAGAAUGGGCAGCUUCUGUGGGAGUACAAAUAACUUACAAGACAGCUUUGAAUACAUUCAACAGGAUCCUAAUUUGGGAAAACUGAACACAAAUCAGAAUAAUUUGGGUCCUUGUCGUACUGGAAGUAACCUAGGUCUGCUGCAGGCGUGCGGCAGCAAGCUGCUGCAGGGCGUAGCUGAAGGAGGGCCUCUCCGGCUCACCCGGAGUGCUUCUUUCUUUGCAGCUCAUAGCACUCCAGUUGACAUGCCAAGCAGAGGACAGAAUGAAGACCGGGACAGCGGCAUUGCUAGAUCAGCCUCACUGAGCAGCCUUCUGAUUACGCCUUUUCCGUCUCCAAGCUCUUCCACAUCCUCUUCCAGCAGUUACCAGCGCCGCUGGCUUCGAAGUCAGACAACAAGUUUGGAAAAUGGCAUCAUUCCAAGGAGGUCAACUGAUGAGACAUUUAGCCUGGCCGAAGAAACCUGUAGUUCUAAUCCGGCCAUAGUUCGGAGGAAGAAGAUUGCCAUAAGCAUUAUCUUUUCUCUGUGUGAGAAGGAAGAAGCACAAAGGAAUUUCCAGGACUUCUUUUUUUCUCAUUUUCCCCUAUUUGAGUCUCACAUGAACAGGCUGAAGAGUGCAAUUGAAAAGGCCAUGAUCUCCUGCAGGAAGAUAGCAGAAUCAAGUCUCCGUGUCCAGUUUUAUGUCAGCCGUCUGAUGGAAGCUCUAGGAGAAUUCAGAGGAACUAUCUGGAACUUAUAUUCUGUUCCAAGGAUAGCUGAACCCGUGUGGCUUACCAUGAUGUCCAGCACCUUGGAAAAAACCCAGCUCUGCCAGCGCUUCCUCAAGGAGUUUACGCUUCUGAUAGAACAGAUCAACAAAAAUCAGUUUUUUGCUGCCUUGCUGACUGCAGUGUUAACCUACCACCUGGCCUGGGUACCGACGGUCAUGCCUGUUGAUCACCCUCCCAUUAAAGCCUUCUCAGAGAAACGCACCUCUCAGUCAGUGAACACGCUGGCCAAAACACAUCCAUAUAAUCCUCUCUGGGCACAGCUGGGCGAUCUUUAUGGAGCCAUUGGGUCUCCGGUGAGGCUGACUCGCACCGUGGUGGUGGGGAAGCAGAAGGAUUUGGUCCAACGCAUACUUUAUGUCCUGACCUACUUUCUCCGUUGCUCUGAGCUGCAAGAGAAUCAGCUGACCUGGAGUGGGAUUCACAGUGAAGGUGACCAAGUGUUAAAUGGGAGCAAUAUCACCACAGCCUUGGAGAGGGGAGAGGUAGAGGAUUCUGAGUAUGUGGUGGUCACGGUGAGGAGUGAGCCUGCUCUGCUUCCCCCCAUCCUGCCACCCACGAUGGCUGAGGGAAGGGGCCCCAGGCCUGAGGGGCUGGGUGUGUCCCCAGAGUAUACUGACACUAGGGACCUGUGUCCCAAACCUGACAAAGAAGGAAACAAAAAGGCAGAGCAGAAUGCCCAGGCCUGCGGCAUGGAAUUCCAAGAGCCAGUAUUGGACAGCUCUUGGAAAUCUCAGGGUACGUUUUGUGGGGAGGAAGAACGUGAAACAGAGGCACCACGAGAUGGCUCUUCAAGGCUCUCCAGCUGUGAGGGGUUGGGGGCAGGAGUGAAGAUCGGCCAGCGGCCUGUCAGUGAGGAGCUGAAAGGGGAGGUGCCCAGGAAACUCUCGGACCGCUUAGCAGCCUGGCCUUGCCCUGACAGACAUUCCUGGGAGAAGCCUCCCUUAGAAAAGGUCACCUUCCAAAUUGGAAGCUCCGUAUCUCCAGAGUCUGACUUUGAAAGCCGCACACAAAAAAUGGAGAAGCGGCUAAUGGCCUGUAGACAGUAUCCAGAGUCAGCCUGCCAUCGCUCGGCAGAGUCUGGGAUGGCUGCGGGCCUGGCUCAGGACCAGCAGGCUUCUCGGCGCUCCUUUACACCUGGCUUCCAAAAGAAUGUCCCCUGUCCUCAGAACCCAUCUUCUGAGAGGGGUGAAAGUGACCUUGAGAGGGGUUUUGCUGAGGACAGAGGCAUCGGGAGCGAGGUUGUGGCAGAUGCCGCUGGGCAACCCGGCCAGUCCGCUGACGCGCUGGCACCUGAUGGCGGUGCGGCAGGAGCUGGAAUGAGUGUUCUGGAGAAGACAAGAGGUUUGUAUCUGAAGGAUGCGGAGGGACCUUUGAUCCAGCCUGUUCCAAGCAGGUGUGCACAGCAGGACUCUGGCUUCUCAGGCGCUGCAGAAGUCCCCUGUGGGGAUGCUGACAGUAAGGCCAGCUUCAGGAUGGAAGGAGACAUUCCCAGAAACGAAAGCUCAGACAGCGCUCUCGGAGACAGUGACGAGGAAGCGUGUGCUUCAGCCUCGCUGAAUCUAGAACACAGCGAUGACCAGACUGACGGAUCCUUGGAAGUGGAGCUGCCCCUGCCCAGGUCUCAAAGCAUCAGCAAUCCAAAUGUAAGAAACUUUGGCCGCUCACUUCUGGCAGGUUAUUGCCCCACAUACAUGCCUGACCUGGUGCUUCACGGGACCAGCAGUGAUGAGAAGCUGAAGCAGUGUCUGGUGGCCGAUCUUGUCCACACAGUGCAUCAUCCAGUGCUCGACGAGCCAAUAGCGGAAGCUGUCUGUAUUAUCGCAGACACGGAUAAGUGGACCGUCCAGGUAGCCACAAGUCAGAGGAAAGUGACGGACAGCAUGAAACUGGGCCAGGAUGUCUUGGUCUCUAGUCAGGUGUCCAGUUUACUUCACUCCAUCUUACAGCUCUACAAGCUUCACCUCCCUGCUGAUUUUUGCAUCAUGCAUCUUGAAGACAGACUGCAGGAGAUGUACCUGAAAAGUAAGAUGCUGUCUGAGUAUCUGCGUGGUCACACACGAGUCCACGUGAAAGAAUUAGGCGUCGUCCUGGGGAUUGAAUCAAACGACCUGCCCCUGUUGACUGCUAUCGCCAGUACUCAUUCUCCUUACGUCGCUCAAAUACUCUUAUAAGCUAAAGCUCAGGACAGUUCUUCCAUGGAAGAAAAAAAAAAUCAGAUUCUCAACUGAAGGCGAAAGGAAUAAGCUCUCUGUGACAUCAAAAGCAUGAGAAGAGCAAACAGAAAAGUCAUUCCACCGCUUUGUUUUGUUUUGUUUUGUUGCUUCAAGUGGAUGCCUCGUGGACGACCUAGGUUUACUUGACAUAAUGGCAUUUGUGUUUUUCAUGAAUACUUUCGGCCUUUUGUUACCCGUGAAUCAACAGAGAGAGUGACUUUUUUGGCAGGAGGAGACAUAAACACUACACUGAACACUAAGCUGUCGGUACAGAGCGCCUGUGUGUUUGGGCAGAAUAAGGGCAAGUGACUGUGGAGCGGGGGUAACCAGUGUGCACCCCGGUCCAGGAGGAGAGGGUGUCAGAGUUUCAGCACGAGCUCUCCAAACUGCAGAACGUGCGAUGUGCUGUUCUAGGACAGUCAGAACGAGGGGUUUGAAUUCCAGGGCAGAGUUUGCUUUCUACGAAAGGCGAAAGAAAGCAAGCCACAUUGUGCCAUCUUCCUGUCUGGUGGCCGUACAAGUUACCGCCUGACACGAGACAGGAAAGAGGAUCGACCGUCGGGAAGAGAGUGUUUUAGGGACCCACUGUUUUUACGUCUUCUUGGAGUUUACCUUGUUGCAGAUGCAGCCACAGGCAGGCUAGGGAGGGAUUGUUGGUGCAAUAAACCCAGGAAUCAAUGUAGCCUCUUAAUCUCAAGAUGUAGUUCGUAGCUGCAGAGUGCACAGUCUGAUACCAUGUGUUCUAUCCUCAUACUUCAGAGCUUUCAGCGGCCUCUGUAAGGGAGGCCAUUUACCAAAGUUAUUUCUAUAAGCUCAAGAGUGUUUCUGUUGCUAAACUCUUCCAGCCGAAGCCACUUUCUUCCUGUAAUAGUUAAUACAAAUGACUAUUUGUACUUUAAAAGGCACAGCUGGCCUGGUGGGAAAUGAAACCUGCAACAGUUCAGGAUGACGAAUGAAAGUAAUUAGCUUGUACAUUUAUAAACAAUCCAUAAAUGAUCUAAAUUUUUACAUUAUCAUCUCUGUGCCUUCUAUUGCCUAAGUCCUUUUCAAAACACCUCUCCAGAAAUUAACUUACCCGUUAUAAAAUCUGCCAAAAUGAAGGAUUGUCUAUUGGCAUAGUUCACUUAAAAAAAAAAAAACAAAAAAACCUUAAUUUUUCAUUAAUGUGAAAGGAACUUCAGUGUACUAGUCAUGAAUUCUGACCAUGUCAGAGUACGUCCCGACAUCCAAGGUAAAGGAAAAGAGUUUAAAAAUAUUGUUAAAAGGCGGGUGCUAAUCUAGCCAAUCAGAGCAUUGUCAGCAUCUUGCAGCUCUUGACUACAGUUGAUGAUAACCAGGCUCUCAUUUCCUUAACACUGUUUUAUGACUUAAUUCCAUUCCUUUCCAUGCAUCCAUUUGUGCCCAAGAUUAGGAGGUGACUUUCCUUUCCGGGCUUAGAAUGACUUCAGAUAUUUUUAUUUGCUACAAUCCUGAUUCUGAACACCAAGUUACAUAAAUUUGUUUCUUCUUUUACAAAUGCAGGUUCAUUAUGCAAGUACCAGUGGAGAAAAAUAGGCGUAAUAAUUCUUUAGGAAUAGGUCAGAACUACCUUUUCUUCUCUCUCUCUUUCAUGAUGUGAAAUGUAGGUGGGUGCAUUAAGGCUCUAAAUAAGAUCUUUAAUUUUUGUUUUAUGUCUUUCUUUCAUAAGAUUGAAGUUUCCCAGCUUUAUGUUUUUCUCAUCCCCGUCCUCCAACAUCUGAGUCUGGUGUUCUAGAGUCUCUGGUUCUGUGACGUCACUGCUUGGUGUUACGCCGAGAAUGGACCUCACCUGUGGCUCAGCUCAGUCAUCAUUUGUUUCUCGUUAUGUGUGAAUAAAUUAUAAUAGCUGACGUUAUAUUAUUUCCGUCUGUACCAGUGUAGAGCAUUCCCCUCAUCUCUAUUUCCCUUCUCCUUGUUUACACAUUUUGAGCACUUUCCCUCAUUCACCACCUUCCAGGGUUUCGUAGAAAAUAACUAGAUACAGAACCAGUUUCAUUCAAAAUGUGUAUGUAGCGACAUGUUGAAAAUUAGACCCACAUAGGGGGAAAUUGAGCUUUAAAUAGCUGAUUCUAAACGCCAUACAUAAAAAUGUAGCCCAGUCCUCUCAAAGCCUGAGAAAAUUUAAUUUGCCUUUUAAUCUACUGUUCUAAACUCUUGGGAACUGUCUGUGGGGAACUACAGGUGGGUCACGUGUGGGGCUGUCUCCGUGACACUCAGGAUUCCAGUCAGAACCUACUCCUCACAUCUGUUGCCUACAAAAACAGACCAAGAAUGUUGCUGCUCUUUUAUAAUCCUCCUCUAAAUAACAUUCAAGUUUUCUUUGUCUUAAAUUCAACCUCUUCCCAAAAGUGGAAAAGAAAAAAAAAAAUCUCACGGAAUUGCGUUGAGACACCCCCGCUCACACUACGCAGUGGCUUCACUCUGUCUUCGCUGACGAGGCAAGAAAGGGACCCCGCCCUCUCCCAAUGCCCACUUCAAGAAAAAAUUAAAAUUAAAAAAAAAAAAAAGAAAAGAAAACUACCUCAGUUGACAGGAUUCCACCUUUAGGGUUUCUUCAACUUUUAAGUCUUACCUGUUGAGUGGAACUUUUGUAGCAUCUUGCUUUUUGAAGCAAGCUAGUGAGGCAUGACAGCAGAAGUGUGUAAUGUUACUCGGAUCUCUUUCUAGCAUGUUGCAGUUUUAUUUUUAAUAGAUCGAUGAGUGAGAUGAAUGUAAAGGUAAUUGUGUACGUUUAAACAUGACAAUGAAAAUUUAAAAUGUAGCUUCCAUACUUGUGCAUAAUUCCAAAGUAUUUUAUUUUUAUCAGUGUUAAAUAGCUUUUUGUACAGGCUUCAAUCCAUUUUUCUGAAGUGUGCUGUUUUUUAAUAAAAGUAACUAUAAUCUUUUCACAUCCCAUGGAACUGCCGUUUACACAUCGCAACUUUUUAAACUUAACCAUAUUUUUCAAAAGUAACUUUUUUGGAGGGAGGAAAGUCCCCGCUUGCUAAGUGAUACUAAACUGUCGUUUCGGCUCUUAUAAUUAGGUCCUGAGAUUUUUAUAAAAAUUUAGUCUGUAGCUUUUUAGGUUCUUCACUAGAGUUGGUUGUACAUAAAGAAUAUAAAAGUGACCCUAAUAUUCUUUUAAAUGUCUGGGUUUUCCCACUAAUACGUACUUUUGAAAGUAUUUUGUUCAUGCAUACUUUCACCGUUAAAUUGAAAAAGUCUUUAGCUUCUCUUGGUAAAUGUGAACCAUUUGUUUUUUUAUUGUGCUGUGGGGGAGGGGUUAUUUUAAUAGUACUAUUUACCUAAAUCAAGCAGCCCCCUCUGAGUGUUAAUUUUUUAAGGGUCAAAAUUUUGGUGACCAUGUAUCUUGGGAGCAAGAUUGCAAUAUGCUUAAAUUUAAGUGGUGUUUAAAAAAAGGAGAAAAUUCUGGGAUUUGUUAUUAUUGAAGCUCCAGUAAGACAAAUUGAUAGGACUUUAUAUUUUUGAUCAGGUAAAUAGCAAUGUCAAUGUAUAGAAAUUUUUCUUAAAACUUGUUCAUGUAUUAUUUUGAUCCAUUUUUCUGUGGCAUUUGGUGCAAUAAACCUUUUGAAUUUAUCUUGAA